AUGCACCCGAAGUGCGCGCUUCGCGAGUGGAGGGAGACGACGCGCGCGCCGGCGACGGCGAAGCCGCGACGCGCCGCCGCAUCCGCGACGCCGGUCGACGAGGACGGCGAAGUCAUCGUCGCGGAGACGCCCGCCGCCGCCGCCGCCGCUGAGGAAAACGACGACGACGACGACGACGACGCCAAGGAGACGACGACCGGGAGCGCGGGCCACGGCGACGGCGCGCGGACGUUCGACGCGACGAUACGAUCGAAGAGCGCCGCGGCGUCGGGUUCGAAGAGCGCGCCGCCCGAAUUGCGAGCGAGGGUCGUCGUGUACCCGGACUACCCGCACCGCCCGCCGUCGUUCUCGCUCGAGCUCGCGCGCGGCGUGCCGCCGAAGCCGCUGCCGAAGUCGGACCUCGACGCGGAGGCGAACGGUGGUAACGGACACGUUGUGAGCGUUACGCAUUCCUCCACCGCGGAGGACGACGUGGACGCGAGCGCGCGAAACGAUUUGCGACUCGCGGAGGAGGAGGUCAACGUCAAGGCGCUGACGCUCGUGCCCGCCGGGGCCGCGGACGAGGUCUUGGGGUACCAGGUCGUUCGUCUGAUGCAAGCGUUGGACGCGUACGGCGGCGUCGAGCGGUGGGGCGGCGCGACCGACGAGGAAGUCGGCGUGCGGCAGAUGCGCAGAGGUUGCGAGCGUCGGAAGGAGUUGCCCCCGCUGUUGUGAUGAUGAAUCGUUCUUUUUG